AUGGAUGUUGACGAAAACUUCGAAAAAUCCUCAACGAUGUCGAUAAGAAGAAUGAAACAGAAAGUUCCGCUGAUUGAGAAAAAUAUACCGCUUGAGAAGCUUCAGAAAUAUCGAAAGGUUCUCAUGAUGGACGGACUGCAGAACAGGCAGGCCUGUGCAAACCUGGACGACCUGGAGCAGGUUUACUCCGAGGAGCAGCUCAAGUUGGAGCUACAGAACCUUUCACAUCAUGAUCCUUACUUUGUUAAAUGCGAGCUCGAGAAAUACGAAGCAGCUCAGGCAGCUGCCCAUGCACAGGCAGCUGCACAAGCCGCAGCAGCGCAUGCCGCUAACAUGCAUGCUGCUGCCAUGAACAUGCACGCAAUGAAUAUGCACAUGCCAAAACCAAGAUUGGUUCAGAUAGAGAAGCCGCAGAUAAACAAGGUUGAAGAUAUAUUCCAGUGUGACAAAUGUCCUUUCAAAACCUCAAACAGAUACUACUUGAUUUCUCAUCUGGAAUCUGUUCACCAGGCCCCGACCUAUCCCUGCGAUAAAUGUGGUCUUCAGGCCCGGUCUAAGGUUAUGCUGCAGAACCACUACAGAGAAGCGCACGGCAACGUCUCCGUAUUCUGCGGCGAGUGUGAUUUCGUGACAAACAGCGCGGCAAACAUGCGCUAUCACGAGAAGGUUGUUCAUAUCGGUCUACGGUUCCCCUGCGCACACUGCGACUUCAAGGGAAACAAUGAGGAGCAGUUGAAGUCCCAUAUUGAAUCUGUUCACAUCGGGAUCAAACCUAAGCUUGAGAACAACUCUAAACCAGGUACCCCUGUUCUACAGAAUACAACACAAGGUCCACAAGAAGGGCAGUUGCCGCGGAUAAGUACACACGAAAAUGUGGUUGGACCGUUCCAGUGCCCUACCUGUAACUACAUUACCAACAGAAAGAUGAGUCUCAAAAAGCACAUCGAUGCUAUCCACGAUAAGGUGAAGCACCCCUGCGACAAGUGUGACUUCAAGGCCUCCAGCAAGGGAUCCCUCAACAAACACCAUCAAGCCUUUCACAGCGGGCUCUCCUUCGCCUGCGAGGAGUGCGACUUCAUAUCCAACACAUCGCAAACCUUGAGGUUUCACGUGAAAAGUGUUCAUUUAGGUUUAAGGUAUCCAUGUCCUCAGUGUGAUUAUAAAUCCACCACCUCCAGCUAUAUCAAGAUACAUAUUAGAUCUGUGCACGAGAAGGUAAAGCAUCCCUGCGAUCACUGCGAUUUCAAGGCUUCGUCCGCCAGCGCUCUCACCACUCACAUCGAGGCAUUUCACAGCGGGAACAAAUAUCCGUGUGAGAAAUGUGAUUAUGUAGCAAACACUGCCAACGGUCUCAAAACCCAUCACAAAUCAGUUCAUCUUGGUUUAAGGUACCCCUGUCCACACUGCGACUAUAAAUCUACAACCGCCAGCUAUCUCAAGAAGCAUGUUCAGGCCAUACAUGACGGAAUCAAGCAUCCCUGUGACCACUGUGACUUCAAGGCGUCCUCAGCCUGCUCCCUCAACAAGCACGUUGAAGCCUUCCACAGCGGUAUUGAGUUCAAGUGUAAAGACUGCGACUACAUCACGAACACCUUGCAAAGUCUACGCCUGCAUCAGAAGAAGGUUCACCUGGGAAUACGGUAUCCGUGUCCGCAGUGUGAAUUCAAGGCGACAAGUCAGAGCUACCUGAGAACCCAUGUCGCCGCUGUACACGAGAAAGUUCGACAUAAAUGUAUUGAGUGCGACAAAGAGUUUGGGAUGAAGAGUACGUUGAACGCACACAGAAGAACCUCACACAAACAUAUUUUACUUCCGACACAAACACAAACUAUCUGUAUUGAAAACCGGGCCACCGGGGGUAUGGAGACCAGAACCAUUGAGAUCAGACCCUUAGAGAACAGGAUUAUUGAGAACAGACCCCUGGAGAACAGGAUUAUUGAAAACAGACAUAUUGACAACCGACCUCUAGAUCUUAUAGAUAACCGAGGUCAGCAGCAGCAAGAAAACCGGGCGUAGAGGUCACUCAGCUCCUCUUGACAGUCUCAAAUAUAUAUUCGUAUUUGCCAUAAAAACUUACUCCGUGUAGAACAAUGUUAGUGAGAAAAUUACUUUAGUCGGCAUUGCAAUGCUUUGUAAACAGCAUAGUUUUGUUUUUAUGCAAUUGGUUUUACUAUACCAACCUUCGUCGAUGCCUUUAAAUGUAUUUAAAUCACGUUUUUAAUCAGAGUAAUAUUAGCAAAUCCACUAAGAAUGCAUAUAAAUAUUUUAGUAGGUGUAUCAAAUAAUGUAGUGAAAUUUUGUAACAAUAUUGAUAAUGCAUUCUGCAUGAGCGCCAUAUUAUACUCAUUUGACAGGUUUCUGUACAUGUAAAACUCAAGAUAUCCCAAGUAGUGAGUAUAAAAACAUGUACUGUACUGUACAUUACUGUACAGUAACCGGGCGGUGUACACUCUGUGCAAAUCAGGGUUAGAUACUUUUGCUAGCUCUAAGUGGUGUUGAAACUAUAGGAUGCAUCUUUCUGAUUUUAAAUUGAAAUUGAUGCAAAACAAAACAGUCUUCUAAUUUGAUAUUUGUAAAUAGAUCUUGAUAAUUUUUAUCUAAAAUAUUUCUGUAUAUGUAAAAAAUAUGUUUGUAUAUAUUUGUAUAAAUAUAUAAUAUAUAUGACAUAUGUAUGUAUAUAAAUAUAUGACUAGAUGUCAUAGAUACAUCUUGACUUGACUCAUUCUGUUUCUAAUAAACCCCAACUAGUUCCAAGAUUCUGGAUUUUUAAAUCGUGACUCGUGACUCUUGGCACAAGGCUCAAGACUCGUGACUCGUGACUCUCGAUCUAAAAUUUAGAUUUUGGACUAGAAAUUUGAAACAAAAAAUCUGUUUUGAGUCAACAUUGCAAUUUCAUAAAUAUUUUAACAUGUAAAUAUUAUUGUAAAUUGUGAUCGUUACAUUAACUAUGCUAUUUUUUAUAUUAACUAACCGUUUUGUAAAAUUAUGUAAAACCAUCAACGCCAGUUUAACUUAGCACUCCUUAUUUCACGCCAAUUUUAAAAGUAAACAUUGUAAUCUGGUUAAUUUUCAUAUAUUCAAUUAGGAUAAAAAUAUUCCUGAAACUGGUUUCCACGAUUGUUAUUUUAGGUGUAUUUAGUGGAGUUACAAUUCAUAGACUUUUUUCAGUCUUUAUGAAAAAAAUCAGUAUUUUUCACAAGAAAACAUUUUUUACCUGAAAAAAAUCUCAUUUAGUCUUGAAAUGAAAAAUAAAAUUGAUAGUUUUGCCCAAGAAUUCAAACUUUUUAAAAAAUGGAAUUAAUCAUUUUGCUACACAUUUUCUCAACAUUCAGAACCAUUUUUGACCUCCAUUGAUCCGAUCUUUUAUAUCCUAUGCAGCACAUUUUCCAAAUAAAUUUCUUCCAUUCUAUUAAAUUUUAAAUUAAGUAAAAGAUGAAAUUACCCAAAAGUAAUAACAAUUGCUGUUUUCUAUGCUUUACUUCAAGAAUGCAGACUGUUAGUGAUGUAUUUUUAAAAAUUAUUUUUUAUUUGAGAACAGAGAUUUUUAUUAUUCUAAAACUUGCACCAGUUA